CACGAAAGGGACACUGAUUUUGCUUGUGCGCCCUGAUUGCAAAGCUGCUGAUGUAGCGCUGCACGCCUUGCUUGAACGCUCGUGCUGUAAUUUCGUUGACUUUAUUGACUGGGUCCGACGAUGUUUCGCAGGAAAUUGGCGGCUUUGGAUUACCACAAUCCUUCAGGGUUCGAUUGUAAAAAUGAAACAGAUUUCAGAAACUUUAUUGUCUGGCUAGAAGAUCAAAAAAUUCGGCACUACAAGAUUGAGGAUCGCGGCAAUUUAAGAAACAUUCAUAGCGCAGAAUGGCCAAACUAUUUUGAAAAGUAUAUGCAAGAUGUGAACUGCCCUUUUACAGCUCAAGAACGGCAAGAAACCGUGGACUGGCUGCUGGGUUUGGCUGUGCGCUUCGAGUAUGGAGACAAUGCGGACAAAUACAAGCAUUGUGUUCCACAGGCAGGAGAUGCUAACACAGUAAAAUCUUCUGAUCCUCUCAUAAACUUGGAUGUCAAUAAUCCAGAUUUCAAGGCUGGAGUUCUUGCUUUGGCAAAUCUUCUUCAAAUUCAGCGCCAUGAUGACUAUCUUAUAAUGCUGAAGGCUAUUCGUAUUCUGGUACAAGAACGUUUGACGCAAGAAGCCAUCUCAAAAGCAAGCCAAUCAAAAGAGGGUUUACCGGUCUCUCUGGACACUCACAUCCUUGGCUUUGAUACAGGAGAUGCCACCUUAAAUGAGGCUGCAAAAAUACUGCGGCUACUGCACGUCGAAGAACUCCGUGAUUUACAAACCAAGAUUAACGAAGCCAUCGUGGCUGUGCAAGCCAUCAUAGCCGACCCCAAGACUGACCACCGACUUGGUAAAGUGGGCAGAUGACAACCUAAAGACUCCUGUGGCCGAGAUCUGCUUCUCGUACUGUGACUGCCUGACUGAGAGACACUCC